AGCAGCUUUGAGAAAUCACAUGCAGAUCCCUGACAAAAGAGGUGAUCAUCGGGGGGCAGAGACGGCGCUGGAUUCACACACAAUGUGAGGUGUUCUUGCUUUUUGUGACACCUCGGAGACACAAGCCGACCGUAAGGAGCCUUAUACAGGACUGCUGCGAGAAAUCAAGCCGAUAAUAAAAUAACCGUCUGAUCCGCGGAAGGAGGGAUGUGCUCGUCUGGAUGAAGGACCCCUCGCUGGGUGAAGACAGCAGCUGCCAUCGAGCGGAGACAGCGAAAGCCACGGACGGAGACGGAGCGCAGCAUCCUCGAACGUCACGUCACUGGUCAUUUCAAGGCUUCAUGCAUCAUUUACGCCUUAGCUGCUGCCACCUUCCAACCGUCGUCGUAAUCGAGCAGCGAUAUUUGCUGUCAGCAGACAAAUCCGUUCUGCAGAUGUGGCAGUGCACGAGGCCUGCUCACGGAUAACACGGCGAAUAUUACCGAUGAGUCUGCUGAACAAUGUGGAUGCUGUGUUGGAUUUUGUACUUGAAAUACCCUGAAUAAUGAACGAGCUGUUCUUGCAUUCUGUCAUUCUACUGAUCAACACAAGGUCCUCCACAGAGGUAGGUCCUUGAUGAAGAUGAUUGGCUGAUUUUAUGUCAAAGACACACAUGCACUCAGUGGAACUAGUGUCAGAACAUCCGCCGGGUAUGGGUAAAAAUGACAGUAGCGUUCCCUGGGAGGAUUCGACAUGGUGCUCCAGUGCCAACAGCGUGGUGAAGAUGUUACUCAUAUCUGUGAUCGUGUGCGUGUCCCUGUUUGGGAAUGUGGGUCUUCUGGUGUUCCAGAAGAAGCCCCAGCUUCUUCAUGUGGCAAACCGCUUUGUUCUGAACCUACUCUUGGCGGACCUCCUCCAGACGGUAGUCAUGCCUUUUGCUAUUGCGGCCACCGUGCAGGUGUGGCCUCUGGAUGUCCGACUGUGCCAGAUCCUGGUGGUGCUCAUGCACCUGUUUGUUGCCGGCAUCAACACUGUUGUAGUUGUCUCUGUGGAUCGCUACCUGGCUAUCAUCCACCCCUUGUCCUAUCACCGUAUGAACCCUCACCUGGGCACCAAUCUGAUCAUCGGCACCUGGGUAUUCAGCUUCCUACAGAGUAAGCCUCCCCUCUAGGGUUGGGGUGUCAUUGCAUUUGACCACCAUCACCAUGUGUGCUCGGUGGUUUGGUCUUCAAGCCUAUCCUACUCCGCUGUGGUGUCUACCUUUUCUUUCUGGUUGCCGGUACUCAUCAUGCUUGGAUGUUAUUGGAUGGUGUUCAGAGCAGCUCGGAGGGCAGAAUGCCCUUGUGCACCCAUACAGACACAAUCCUACCAUCAGCCCUACCAACAGGAUUUCCAAGGGUCUGGCACACAGCAUCAACCCCUGCAGGUCAGUUCACCGAAUGGCCACUCAACCAGGGGGUACCCAGUUCGUGUCAGGCAUAGACGCUUCCACUACCACUGCAAGGCAGCUCGGGUUGUUUUCAUGAUUAUGGCCUCAUACAUCCUUAGCAUGGGGCCGUACCGUAUCCUGAACACGAUAUCGAUGAGCCCCCGACGAGUCGUACCCAAAUGGAUGUCUUCCCUUGCUCUUGUGCUUCUUCUUCUGCAGUGCUGCCUUCACCCAUAUUAUGGAUACAUGCACCGCAGCGUUAGGAAGGAGUUCCUGGCUUUGCUUUGCGGGCUGUUCUGCAAGCAGAACCAUCUGAGCCAGAGCUCCAUGGCUGAGAGCUGCUUCACCGACGAUGGACGAUCUGGGGUCCAACCUCACCUGCCUCAGCUUGGCUGCUCGUGGUUCUUUCCUCUGCACACAUGGGAAGAAUGCACACAUCCUCCUCUCCAACGUCUGAUAGAAAAAUCAAGGGACAGCCGUAGAGAGACCAUGUCUACCAGCAUCAGCUCUGAGAAGGAGCUCACCGUGCACAGCAAGGAGAAGCACAUAAACAGAGCAGAAGGUCCAUUUUAUGUGUUAUGUUUUACAGUAUAAUCAUGUACAAACAAAAUAUGCCUUCUUGACAACAGGGUUAUUUAUUCUGACAUCACUGCCAUUCUGAAUAUAGCUUUUGUUUUUAGUAUCAUGACCUUGAAGACUUUAUCCACAAUUAGCUGGUGGCGGGGCACAGUUAGCUUCCAUAACACCUAAUGUGUAGCUGGAAAAUUAGCUGUGAUACGCUGAUAAACCACUAAAAUAUUUAGCUGAAACUACUGAUAACCUCUUAACUGCUAACUUUAUAUAUCCCUGGGGGGAAAAACAGACCAAAAGAGCUGAAAUUUUAAUAUGUUGUAGCUUGUAGCAUAAACAUGGAGUUCAAAAAAAGGUUUAGUAUGCUUAGAUCAGAUGAUGAUCAAACAGUAAUUUCCAUUCAACAUAGUUUAUUCACAGUAAAGAAACUAUUAAUCCAAUAAGAAAAAUUAAGAACAAAAAUAUUCAUGGAAAAUAAUUUUAAUUAUACAAUUAACGGCUUGGCCUGCUUCUCCUCAAUGUGAUGAGGUUACCUUUGCAUGAUGUGUCGAUUUACUUAAGCUCCAAAACGGAAAAAAAAAGAUGAUUUUAGUGUUUACAAACAUUUUUUGUCCGUUAACUUUGUCAAGAAAAAAGUUAACUGACUUAGUUAGCAAAACUAAAUAUAGAAGAAGCUAAACGGUCCACUAGUGGUUUUCAAGGUUAUCUGAAAAGCUAAUCUACUAAUGAAAAAGUUAGCUUCUCAAUUAGCUGUGAGCUGAUUAGCUGAGCUGUGCCACCACUGAUCCAUCUCUCCAUUUUCCAAAUUAGCUUAUUCCAGUUAAGGGUCACGAGGGAGCUAGAGCCUAUAUUCUAGCAGUCUUUGGGCGAGACACGGGGUACAUCAUGGACAGGCUGCCAGUCUAUUGCAGGGCCAACACAUACAGACAGACAAACACAUUCACAGCCUACGGUCCAUUUAAAGUCACCAAUUCAAAUAACCUGCAUGUCUUUAGAAGUGGAGGGAAGCCAAGACACCUGGAGGGUACCCCACGUAAACAACAAGCAACAAGCUUCACCCAUCACUAAUAAACUCAGGGUAUGGCUGGGUAAAAACUAUAUAACAUCCAUUUCUGCUCUCGAUUCUUCUUGAGCAACGUCUGGUUUACGAGUCAUGGUCAAUGUAGCUCUUCACCAAUUUAAAAGCGCCUUUUGAAGAAAUUAUAUUGUAGUGAUUCAUUGUGCCUAUCAGUUUAUAACGCACAAGUUCUGGUGACUCCUUAUCUCUGAUCAGGUGGCCGCAAAGUUUACCUUUCCUCUCUCAACUUAACUGGGGGAG